AUGCAAUAAUAAUCUAUUCACUAAUAAAAAAUAGUGGAAUAUACGAAUCAAGGUAUUAUUUUAUAGAGAGUAUAGGUAAUUAUGUUGACUUAGAAAAUUAUAUAAGAUUAAAUUAAAUAUCAUAAAUGAAUUUUUCAUAAGCUUUAGUUGAAUGCAUCUAAUAUACAAGAGAUAGUGAAGAUCACUUAUAAUGUAUUCAAUAAAUUUUAAAGUAAAUAAUUUAGAAAAAUAUUAAGAUAAUAAAUAGAUUUCAAUUAUAAAGAUAAUCAAGGAAACACUGCUUUGAUAUAGGCAGCAAAGAGCGGCAAAAUCAGUAUAUUAAAUGAAAUUAUUAAAUACAAAGAAAAAUUUAAGAAUAAUUAAUUUAAAAUAGCACUUGAUAUUGCAAUAUAAUCUGAAUAGGAUAAUUGGGAUAUUGUGGAAACAUUGCUUUAAGUAACAUAACUAGAAAAACCUUAACAUUUAAUAAAAUCUUUAAAAAAAGGCAAUUUUAAAACUGCAUACAAAAUAAUUGAAUUAUAUGGUGCUUCUGGAUAAGAUGAAAAUGGUGAUACAGCAUUACAUAUAGCAUCUCGUAUGGGCAAUAUAUAAAUAAUAAAAAGUAUAUGUUAAAAAGAAAAUUUAUUUAAAAAAAAAAAUUAAUAAAAUAAAACUCCACUUGAUGUUGCAUGUAAUUAAGAUACAAAAAAAUUAAUUGAAGAAGAAAUGUAAUCAUAUAAAUCUCCAAAUAAAAGAAGAAAGCAAGAAAAUUUAAUAGAGAAUAACUGUAAUUCUUAGAAAUCAUCCAAAUAUGAAGAAUGCAAUGAAAUAUUUAAUAAAAUUCCAAAAAUAUUAAAUGAUUAAGGAACUUAAACUGAAAAUAAAGAAAAAAAAGAUACAGAAUCAUAAAUACCAGAAUGUAAUUAUAUUAAUUAACCAUUUUAUGAUUAAUUAAUAUCUGAGAGUCUAAUUACUCUUCCUUAACAUAAGAUUAAUUUUGAUGACAUUAUAAAGUAAAUUUUUAAUUUAAUUUAGAUAAUUAUCAUUUGAAAUCGAUAUAUUCACUUAAGAAUUGAAUAAAUAAUUAGAAGAAUAAAGACCCAUCAUAGACAAAAUAGUUUAAAUGGUUGACGAAGUAUGAACUUUACUCAUACAAUUAUUAGACUGUUUAGUCUGUUUAUUCUAAAUCUCGUGCCUUAUUGUAUGGUUCUUGUUAAACUGGUUUAAAUCUAAUAGAUUCAGAUAUUGAUAUAGUUAUUGAAACUAAUGAAUAAGAGAGAAUUUCUUUAUAUAAGAUUGCUGAAUAAUUCAAAGUAUUAUGGUAUAUAGUUUUAGAUAAAAGGAUAUAUUCAGGAUGUUAAGGUUAUUGAUAAUGCCAGAAAACCUGUUUUAAAAAUGUAAUUGUCAUAAGAAUUUUAAAAUAAAUUAAUUGAUAUAACAAUUAGUAAAAAUGAUCAUUCUGGUAGAAAGACUGCUAAUUCAAUGAUUGAAUUUUAAAAAGAAUUUAAAUAGUUUAAAAGUCUUGCUUUAAUACUUAAGUUUUAUUUUAAAUCUAUUAAUUUAUUAAAUGCCUAUCAAGUAUCUCAUAUUUAUCUAUAAGGGUGGUUUGAAUAGCUAUUGCAUUCUUACUAUGAUUUUAGCUUUAUUAUAAAUUAAACGUGUACGUGACACUGAUAAUGAAGAGAUUGGAAAGACAUUCCUAGAUUUCUUCGAUCUUUAUAGUUAAGAUAUCGACUAUUUUAAUAAAAUUAUUAAUAUUGUCCCUUCACAAUCAGAGAAUAUGUAAAUUGAUGAACCUAAUAUUUAUUAAUAACAAUUUCCUUAAUUGUAAUCAUUAAAUUAUUAUUUUAGUGAUCAAGUAUUAUAAGAAUUAAUUAUCUUGGAUUUACAUAAUAAAGGUAAUAAUAUUGCUAGUAGCACAUUUAAAAUUAAGCAUAUUAAAGUAACCUUUUUAUAAUUACAUUUUUAGAACGCUUUAUCACUUGGUUAUAGUGCUAUUUUGAAUUCUCAAAAAUGUGAUGAACCAUGUUAUUUCUCUAGAGAUAAUAAAUCUGUUUGCUGUAUUCUUAAAUAAAUCAUUUAAUAAUCAAAAAAUCAUCAUUUGAUAGGAUCUUAUAAAUCAAAACAGCCAUUUUAUUACUUUAAUUUUAAUAAUACUUAUUGA